AAGGAAGAAGAAUCAAGAAUUUAAUAUUCAACUUCCUUUUCUCUUUCCUUCAAUCAAAGCAGAAUCUGUGAACCUCUCUAAAACCCUAAUCAAGCUUUCUCCUCUCUUGCCUCCUCCCUCACGAAAAAAAAGCUUCCUCCUUCAUCCUCGCCUGAUUCUCAGGUCUCUCCUCGGUUCCAUCUUUCUCUCUGCCGCCAGGACUUUGUGAAGAUAUGGCUACCGAGGAAGGUGUUCAUGAGGCUCACAAAGUCUCUGAGGCCUUUGUGGCACAGUACUAUCCUAUUGUUGGAAAGUUGACUCAUGAAGCUCAUAGGCUUUAUGUCGAUGCUAGCGUCGUCAGCAGACCAGGUCCUGAUGGUACCAUGUUGUCUUUUACAUCCAUCGAGGAUAUCAACAAGCACUUUCUUUCAUGCGACUCUACUACUACAUUCGAGGUGCUUAGUGUGGACACUCAGAGUUCCAUGGAAGAGGGGAUAUUUAUAAUGGUGAUUGGUUUCCUGAUCGGAGAAGACAACCUGAAGAGGAAGUUUUCGCAGAUGUUCUAUCUGGCGCGUCAAAACACUGCCUAUGUGGUUGUCAACGACAUCUUUCGUUACGUUGAUGAUGAAGAGUCUUCCACUCCAGCAGCUGCUGUUGUUGUUGAAUCUGUGCCAGAAACUGAGGUGGUGGAGCCAGUCCAUGCUCCUGCUGAAGCAAAGAACGUUUCUGAAGUGAAGGAGGCUGCUACUCCGUUGGACAAUGGGAGUAACAAGAAGUCUGCGGAAAAAGCUGUUACUGCUCAGAAACCUAAAGAGACGGUUGCUGAAACAGCUGCUGCUGCUGCUCCGGUUAAUGGAGCCAAGAAAUCUUUUGCUGCCAUGGUUGAAUCAAUGGCGAGAAGCUCUGCUCCUUUCCAAGUCAAAGCAGCCCCGGUGGUUCGGAAACCUAGUUACGUGGCACCACCUCCCAAGCCCCGUGAGGCGGCUCCAGCACCUAAAGCACCUGCGGCUGCUGUUAGUAAACGUGAAAGGAGAAACGAGCAGAGGAUUGUCGAUGAGCCAGGAACUUCGAUAUUUGUGUCAAAUCUGCCAAUGGAUGCAAUGCCGCCUCAAGUCCAUGAACUGUUCAAGGAGUUUGGUCCUAUCAAAGAACAUGGGGUUCAAGUCAGAAGCUCCAAUGCUCGUGGAACUUGCUUCGGUUUUGUUGCCUUUGAAUCUGUUACCUCUGUCCAGAGCGUGCUUGAGGCUGCCAAGAACAAUCCCUUCAAGCUUGGAGACCGUAAGCUUCGUGUAAAGGAGAAGCAAGUUGAGUAUGAUGGAAGCAAACCGUCUGGUGGGAGAAAGACUGAGAAUGGCUCUGCAGAUGGAAGCAAACCCUCUGGUGUGAAAAGUGGAGGAGGAGGAAGCAAGAGUGAGAAUGGCUCUGCCUCUGCAGAUGGAAGCAAGGCUGAGAAUGGGUCUUCUGCUGCUGAUGCGGAAGAUGACUUCAAGCCUAUUAGAAGCCGUAGGAACAGAAGCGAGAAAAAGGGAAACGGUAACGAGAAAAACAAUGUGCAAACAGCACCAAAACCAAAGGCUUGAUUGAUGCUCUCAUCUGCCUGUGCCAACAACAACAACACCAAAAAGAGUCGACUUGAGAUUAUUUUUCUAUAUUACAGAUUCAUCAUCUCUUUACUUCUUUAGGUCUUUUCUUGCAUCUUAUUGGGAGCCAACAUGAUUUUUUUUUCUGUUUUGUUUUCGUAUUUUUUUCAACAGACAACUUUUUUACCGUUUUUGUUUUUUCUUCUAUUCGAAAUUUAUUUUUCAUCCGCACA